UUUAUGGCGCCCGCGACCGAAUACUUUGGAGAGUCUAUUCUAAGUUUUACGAACGAAUCAACUUUCGUGCAUACAGACAAAUAUUGACGUGACGAGUUUGGUACACAGCUGACUACUAUCAACCGUUCCUGAAAACACUUCAAGACUUCCAUAUAUUCGCUGGAAUACUCUGUUUCAUACGUCAGAUAGAUAAAAGAAGUGAUCAACAUGUAUGCUGAAACGAAAAGACGGACUUAUUUCCAGAUGGGGAUUUUCCUCGUUGGAAUCGGAUUCCUACUCUCACUGCUUGGGGUGUACUACGUCAACGGGCUCACCUAUAUCGGCUCGACCGUGUACGGUCUGGCAACGCAGAGGGCAGCAACACUAUGGGGAGGAAUUCUGCUUGUCUGCCUUGGCCUGAGGAAUGUAACCCUUGGUCACCCUACCAACAGAUUCGCUACAGACUCCAUGUGGGACACAUUUUCAGCCAUCUUCACAAACCUGCUCGCUUUCCUCAUUUCCGGUGCUGUCGUCGGGGUCACGCUCUGGGGUCAUGUAGACUUUCUGAAGGACGCUGAUGUCACCACACUCGAGGGUAGCACGGAGCUUGUAAACCUGAUCGCUAUUCUAUUGUUGGGUACUCUUGGUAUGCUCACAACGAUCGUUGGUUGCAUCGUAGCCUGCUUCCCUAUCUCAGACUCAGACGGUCAGGCGCCCCCAGCCGGUGAACAAUACGCAAUGGAGAACCAGGGCUUUAACAAACACUAAAGAAACAACAACAACAUCAAACUUAGAACUAGGCAUAAACGAUACCCUUCAAACUUCGUAGAGUGAGCUUGAAACUCCAAUUGAAUCUACGCCCUCUCUCGUCUGGCAGCACACAACGCAACAUCGUCAUCGCCGCAAUAUACUGCCCAGUUCAAUUUAUUUAUUCCUUUGCGUAAAACUACACAGUAUGCGAGAAACUCAAACAGUAUACAGUUACGGGACAUUUCGAUAUUAACUAAAAAGGUUGUUGAAGAGAUGUUUCAAAUAUGGACUAUAACAUGCCAUUAAAGAAAAAGAUCUUUAAAAUUAAUCCGGGAAAUUAACAUCAUCAAACACCGUAAAACCCCUGUCUGUAAAGAACGCAGAAUUUUGGUUUUUGAGAUCUAUAUUAAUUUUUUUUUAAAUAAUUAUUAAUGAAACAAUUUGAUAACUUUUUAAACAUAGUUUUAGUGUGUUUUUUUUUUUUUUUUAUUUAUCAUGGUUUAUUUACCAUCCGUGUGUAUCAUAAUUUUUUCUUGUAAAAAAAAAUUAAUUAGAAGUUGAAAACCACUUUUUAAUGAAAAUGAGCGUUUAUAAGCACAAUCUGAUAUAUUUAUGGUAAGGUAUGUAGACUAGCACUUUGGUUAAAGCCUGUAUUUUCGUAUUAUAUAAAUGUUUUUUUUAAUUGUGUAGUUUUACAACAUUAUGAUGCGCAAGAAGAAAGUAGUCCCGAAUUAUGAAUUAGUUGUUCUCACAAAUUUUUUAACCAGUUUUGCAUCACGGUAAUGUUUUAUUGGUCUUCCUUCACGACUUAGACAACUAAAUAUUUUCAGCGAUUGUAUUUAUCCCCACCGGCCGUACACGAUUGUGUGGUUUCGAGUUAUUAGCUCUCGAUAAAUAUACCUAUAAUUUAAUGUUUCAGAGCAAUCUACAAAAUAAAUGAACAGUCUCAAAUAUUUUAAAAAAAUAGUUUGUUGAGACGAUCCCUGAAUGCAUUCUCGUUUUAUGAAACUAUCAAGCCAGGGACUGUCUCGACAUAUUGCCAGGUUGAUUUUGUUUCGAAAAUGAUCUGUACCCUUGCUGCACUAUUAAAUAAUUAGAUAUGAAACUGCAAUAACAAAAUAAUAUUAGGUUUGACAAUGCUUCUGAAAUAUUAUUUUUAUGUGAAGUUUGGUUAAAGGCCUAUAUCCCGUUUGAUGUUACUGCAUUGUGAUGUAAUUUUAUUAUUUGUCUUAAAUCAGAAGUAUUGCAGUUCCCUUUUACCCGAGAUUUUUAUAUUCGCCAUUUUGUGUGAGUUUUUGGUUUCCUUUCAGAGUAAGAUAGUUUGUAAACACUUGAGUAUUUUAUUGAGAUUAGAGUUAUUGAUUUGGUUGGUUUAUCGCACGCACAACUCUUCACGUGGCGUAU